AUUUUUGAUAAUUCGAGUGGAACUUGACAGUAUAAAGGGACACAGCAGGUAAAGAUCUUCAGUGUUGGGCUCUUCUAGCUAAAGAGAAGACAAUAUGUUGGGUUUACGAUCAAUAUUGGUAUUCGCUGUAUUACUUAUAAUUUGUCACCAAAGUACUGCUGGAAAACACAACGACAAAUUGACGGAAAAAGAACUGGAAACCCUUGAGGAAAUUGAAGAACUAUUGGAAGAAAGAGAAAAAGAAAAUGCAUUGAAGAAGAGAGAAGAUGUCAAACUUUUGGUAAAAGAAGCCUUUGGAACAUGCAUUGAAGAAUUCAAUCGGUUCAGAGAAAGACAGAAACAGUUUAAAAUGGAGGGUCUUGAUGGAAAGCCAAAACGGAAAAGAAACAGACUGUUCAAAAGAAGUAAACGGUCCGAAGAAAUUCAGAAGAUUGGUCAUAUUUUGAAUUGUGCCAAGAAAACUUUAAUAAAGAAAACUGGAAGAAAAACAUUAAAAAAACUAAGUGAUGAUCUAGAAAUAAAAAAAUGUUGGAAAGAAACUAUCAAGGAACUCGCAGAUGGCAACAACUUAAUGAAAAGAUAUCAAUCUACAAGGUCGAAAAGGACGACACCAGACGAAUGCAACGAAAUUACAGAUGUGAAUACAUACAGAACUAUAGAUGGCAAAUGUAACAACCUGAAUAAUCCUCAUUGGGGAGCAGCAUUUGAACAACAACCUAGAUUUAUAUCUGAAGUUUACGAUAAUAGUGGUGUGGACACACCCAGAACAAGUGUAAUUCCUGGAGAAGACCUACCUAACCCAAGAGAAUUGAGUAAUGCAGUUUUUGCAAGCGCUUCAGAAACUGAUGUUGAUGAAAGUUUCAACACCCUUAUGAGUAUGAACUGGGGACAGUUUAUUGAUCAUGAUAUAGUACUCACACCACAAAUUACAGGUCAAGAUGGCGCCGAAAUAUCAUGCUGCGUAGAUGGCAAUGAUCCCGUUGAAAGGGAUGAAUGUAUGGCUAUAGCAGUGGAUGCUAACGAUGAACUUGGUAUAACAUGUAUGGAAUUCGUGCGAUCAGCUCCAGCGGCUGCCUUUGAACUUGGUGAUGGAAAGCAAGUGACCAAUGGUAUAACAUCAUUCAUAGAUGGUAGCAUGGUUUAUGGCAGUACAACAAGUCAGGUGGCAGCACUGCGAGAUGCAGGUGGCAAGUUGAAAGUUAAAGAAGCAGCCAAUGGAAAUUUGCUUCCUGAAGACUCCUCCGAGGACAGUAUUUGCUCUUUAAGCGGUGAUGAUUCAGAUGACUAUUGUCAGUUAGCUGGCGAUGUGAGAGUAAAUGUUCAGCCUGGACUUGGAUCCUUGCACUUGGUGUUUAUGAAAGAGCAUAACCGCAUAGUUGAUGAAUUAAAGACACGUCAACCCGGAUGGACAGAUGAUAAGUUGUUCAACGAAGCCAGGAAGAUUAUAGGUGCUAUUAUUCAACAUAUCACAUACAACGAAUGGUUAGAAAAUGUGUUUGUUGAUGACGUGCUAACAAAAUAUGAUCUAGGACUGUUGUCUACGGGCUUCUCCGAUGGUUACAACGAUGCAGUCGAUCCCGGAAUAACAGUUGGAUUUGCUACAGCUGCUUUGCGAUUUGGACAUAGUCAGAUACGAAGCCAGAUAGCUCAUAUGGGAGCCGAUUACAGUACACUCACAGAUGAAACAAACAUGGAAAUAACUCUGAAAAAUCCACACAUGUUGGUUGAUGAAGCUGGAUCCAAGGUAUUGGAAUUAGUCCGAUAUAUGACAACUGUUCAAGGAGCUAAAGCUGACGAGCAAUUUUCAGGUGCUAUUAGAAACAAAUUGUUUGACACGGCGUUAGAUCUAACAAGUUUAAAUAUACAACGAGGAAGAGACCAUGGUUUACCAUCUUACACAGAAUGGCGAAAAUGGUGCAAUCUUCCUGCUCCAGUUGAUAAUGACGAUUGGUCGAGCAUGAAAUAUAUAAAAGGUAGACCAAGGAGAUUGUUACAGAAAAUGUACAAGAGUGUACAUGAUAUUGAUUUAUACGUUGGUGGCAUGUUAGAACUACGUAGUACAGCAUUAAACGGCGGUGGGGAUUUUACCUACGUAGGAGAGACAUUUGCCUGUAUCCUUGGAGAACAAUUUAAAAACUUAAAAAAUGGCGACAGAUUUUGGUAUGAAAGAGCAGAACCUGAGGGUUUUAGUGAAAGCAAGCUUACGGAAAUAAGAAAAGUGACACUGGCUGGAAUUCUUUGUAAAAAUGUACAAGGUUUGUCAGAAAUACAUAAGAGAGCACUUAUUAAUCCAGCAAAUGUCAACGGUGGAAGAAAACCGUGUUCAAAUGAGAGAAAUAUCAAACAGAUGGACUUUAGGGCAUGGGAAGGAUAAGAAUUUUAUACAGGACAACACACGGACAUACGAAUCCUUAUGUAGCAUGAAUGCUUUCUCAAAGAUGAACUCUGUAGACCACUUACUUGCGAUAGCAUUUCUAUAAUAAUCCUUACUGUAAUAAUUUUUACUAUAUUAUAUUUAAUAUUUAUCUUAAAAUUUCACUUGCGAUAGCAUUUCUGUAACAAUCCUUUCUGUAAUAAUUCUUACCAAAUUGUAUUUCAUAUUUGUCUUCAAAUAAAAGUUUUUUCAUUUUGAUUUUUGAAACAAAAACAAAUAUAAUUUCUAAAUUAACCAAGAAUUGAAGCUUGUUUUCAUUUAUCUAUUAAUAUUUCAGUUGAAUUGCACGUUUGUAAAUUUCUACAUUUGGCGAUAAUCUGUUUCUUUUCGAAAUAGUUUGAUUAAAUAUGAAGAACAAUGUUACGUUUGCAUUUUAUAAAUGCUAUACAGUAUUGUACUUUUUCAUCAAUUAAUUAUGUUUUAUAUACAUUAUCUUUUGUGUCUCAUGCCUUUUUCGGUAUUCCUAUUUUUCAAUCCUGUAUUUUUAUCUUUAUGCUUUUGUAUCAAUAUUUAUAUGUUGUAGCAAUAAA